UCAACAUUUUUAAUAAUAAUAUUUUUCAACAAACAAUGCAAAACCGGCUUUUAUUUGUCCCAAUUUCUUCUUUUAAAAAUAUUUACAUUUUUCUAUCCAGUAAGUACACAACAAAAAAUUUUUUUAUUUAAGGUUGUCUUCAAUUUUACGUUUAUUUUUUUUGAGAGAUUUAUUUGUCUAUUUUUCAUCCUUCAAUUUUAAUUCAAAACGUUUUUGUCUAAAAAUAAAAAUUUUGAAAUUAAAUUAAAUACAGUUUAGCCUGACUUUAGAAUACUCCCCUACGGCAGAAAAGAAAGUAUCUCUUAUUAUGUGGUGUUCGGGCCCGGAGAGUAAUUGAACCUGCCAACCCCAAUAACCACAAACGAAAGCUUUACCAACUUAGCUACUUAGGCAAUAAUUUUUUCACUCGCAUAGACAACCUUGAAUCUUUUGCUUAAUUAUUGAAGUUAAAAAUGUUCGGGCCCGGAGAGGCAUCGAACCUGCCACCCCUCAUCACCAUAGACAAACGCUUUACCAGCUGAGCUACAGAGUAAUAAUUCUGUCCUCUUAAAGAGAGGGUACCUCUUUGAGGUAUCCUAUAAUAAGGUGUGUCCCAAAAUUUAAAUUUAUUUUUCAGUUAUUAAAAUGUCCAAAUUUUUAUUCUUUAAAAUUUUAUUUUUAAAUAUUUUUAUUACAAUUGUUUUGACUGAACAAUCUAAUAAUCGUGCAAAACGAUUUAUUUCUGGUUUUAGUCCUUUUGGAGGAGGCAAUUUUGGUUGUGUUGUUUCGGGAGGCAAACUUUAUAUUAAUGGACGUUUUACAAAAAAUCUUUCUGUUAAAGAAAAUGAGGAAAUGGAAAAAUAUAUUAAUGAAUUGGGUGAAUUCAAAGAAUCUGCCAAAACAUUUAUUGAACAACAAAAACAGCAACAAACACUUUCUGGGGAUACAAAAAGGCAACAACAACCAGAACCUCCCAAAAGGUUUUUGCUCUGAAAAUGCCACAACGCAAUUUGUUUUUGAUGGAUGUACAGUACAAGGAGAUUAUGUUUAUAUUGGGGAUAAGCCUGUUAGAAAAUUGAAUGAAAAAGAAUUGGAGAAAUUAGAAAAAUUUAAACAAGAAUUUAAUUUAUAUCAAGAAUUUAUUGCAAAUAAAGUUAAAAAGGUAAAUUUAAGAGAUAAAAAAUGUU